AUGACUACUAUCCAAGAGUUCAAGAGCCCCCACCUCAAGGACAAUGAGGACAAAGAUCAGUUGGUUGCCAUGGCUGCCGCCAAGGGUGCCGGUCUUGCCCUCGUCGCCGGAGGCCUCAUCGCCAUGUCCGGAGCCCGCUACUCAAAGACCUACCAGACCAUCUCCCCCCGCCUUAAACAGUUCCUUCUCGGCACUGGUACCGCUGCAACGGCAAUCCUGUUCGGAGACCACGCCCGAGUCCAGUACGAAGACCGCCAGCUCCUUCGCCACUUGGACCAAGAAGCCGCCCACGCCGCCCGCGCCGAGAUCCGUGCCCAGCGCGGUGUCUUAGCUGAGAUGAACUACCAGGUCCGCGAGAACAGGAAUACAGUCGUCGCCGUCUCCUGGCUCACUUGCAUGGGUGGCUCGCUCCUCUACACCUUCUCCAGGAAGGGCCUCACCACCACCCAAAGGAUCGUCACCGCCCGUAUGUAUGCCCAAGGUUUUACGGUCUUGACGAUGAUGGCUGUUGCCGCUAUCGAGUUGACGGAGGAUAAUACCCACAAGAAGAACGAGGUCAUGACGGAUCAGUGGAAGGCGAUCUUGGCCAAGGAUAACCAGGGCAAUUUCAUUGUCAAGGAUACUACGCCUGCUCUUUCUGCGCCUGUCAAGGCGGUCGCUGCUGCUUCAUUAUCUGCAUAA